UAUAAAAAUAUGCUAUUAUAAUUUAAAUAUUCAUUUUUUGGUCAUCAAUACUUUAAAUAUUCUUUUCUGGUCAUCAAUAUUUAAAAUAUUUAGAUUGUAUAGUUUAGUUAAUUUACAUAAAUAUAAACAUGAUUUUUCAACCAAAAAAACCAAGGAAUAGUUUUCAAAUACAUCUUACAUAAGAGUAUUUUUUGAAAUUUUCUACAAUUUAAAAUAUAUAAACCUCGCGUAGCGCGGUAAAAAAACUGUAGUAAUUAUUAAUAUUUGAUUAGAAAGAAUUUUAACUGUUUGAGAUAUUUAUCUCAAUUUCUCUCAUUUAAGAGUUUUUAGUAUGAUUUUUUUUUCAAAUUUAUGAAUCUUAUAUAAUUAAAUAUUAAUAUACUUUGUGAGAUAUUCAGUUUGAGAAACUUCACAUAAUUAUGCUUUUACACUAAUAAAUAGUAACGUAUAAAUAGUAAAAUUACCAUCAAUCCAUCUACAAAUAAAAAAACUAGAUAUUGUAUGGAUCUUGAUUUUAGCUAACGUGAUGAUUCAAUAAUGAAUCACUGGUGUACUUAAACUUUCCAUUGAUAUAAAAUGACAAACAAAGAAAAAACUGAUAUAAAAAUAAAACUGCGUGUUUGUUAAUCAAAUAUCUUUGAUGGUAACUAAUUUAAUUAAAGUAUAGCUUGUGAAACAUGCAUCUUUCAUAAUCAAAAAUUGGUAGAUAGGUAUCUAUAAUACGUUCUUUGACAGUUGUUGGACCAUGAUCACGUUUAUAUCUGAUCUGAAUAUCCAAGAAUGUAUAUUAUAAAUAAACGAAUAUAUCAUAACUGAUUAAGUCUUCUUAAAAUAAUUAGUUGCGUAAGACGAACGGACGGAUCAUAACUUCUGCGGAUACGAGAAAUGGCGACGCCUGAGGAAGAAGUCGCACUUAUAGAAGAUUAUGUUAGCGAUUCCGUAGACCACCAUGGAUUUCCCGCCGGAAAACUUUCCACCGGCGGAUGGAGAUCCGCCUGGUAUAUUAUUGGUGUGGAGGUAGGAGAAAGAUUUGCGUACUUUGGUAUUGCCUCCAACUUAAUUACUUACCUCACCGGACCUCUGGGGCAAUCCACGGCGACCGCCGCCGUAAACGUCAACACGUGGUCAGGAACAGCCUCGAUGCUUCCUGUCUUAGGAGCUUUCAUAGCAGACGCAUAUCUUGGUCGUUAUCACACCAUUGUUGUGGCUUCACUCAUCUACAUACUCGGACUAGGACUAUUGACCUUGUCGGCUUUCUUAAUCUUAAUAAGAAUAUCCGAGCAACGUAACGAUACCGUUAAAUCGUUUUUCUGGGUGAAUAUACUUUUCUUCUGCUCUCUGUACAUGGUGGCGAUCGGACAAGGGGGUCACAAGCCGUGUGUUCAAGCGUUUGGUGCGGACCAGUUUGACUCGGGAGAUUCAAAGGAGAGAAUAUCUAGAGGAUCAUUUUUCAACUGGUGGUUCAUGACUUUAUCUGCCGGAAUCACUUUAUCUUUUCUUGUGGUGGUUUACGUUCAAGACAAUGUUAGCUGGGCCCUUGGUUUUGGGAUCCCUUGUUUGUUCAUGGUUAUGGCUCUUGCUCUCUUCUUGGUCGGAAGAAAAACUUACAGGUACCCAAGAGGUAACCACAAGGAGAAGAAGAACGCUUUUGCGAGGAUUGGAAGAGUUUUUGUUGCGGCCUACAAGAACAGAAAACUGAACUUGUCAGAUUCAGGUUUGAGUCAAGGUCUAUUAGAGGAUGGUUCAUCACAGAAACGUAAAGGUUGGCUUGAGUUCCUAGCGAAAGCGUUGCUAUCAGGAGAAGGAGGUGCAGAGCCAUGUAGUAUAAAGGACGUGGAAGACGCAAUGGCUUUGGUAAGGCUUAUACCAAUAUGGAUCACAUCGGUCAUAAGCACGAUUCCGUACGCUCAAUACUCGACUUUCUUCACAAAGCAAGGCGUCACAGUGGACAGAAAAAUCUUGCCGGGUUUGGAAAUCCCUCCGGCAUCCUUUCAGUCGUUUAUCGGCGUUUCGAUUCUCAUCUCAGUCCCAACUUAUGAACGUGUAUUCCUCCCGUUAGCUAGAUACAUUACCAAGAAGCCUUUUGGGAUCACGAUGCUCCAGAGAAUUGGAGCUGGAAUGGUACUCUCUAGCUUCAACAUGGUGGUUGCUGCGUUGGUAGAAAUGAAACGGCUCGAGACGGCUAAGGAAUAUGGACUUGUGGAUAGACCGGACGCAACCAUCCCCAUGUCGAUAUGGUGGUUCGUUCCUCAGUAUUUGCUACUCGGGAUGAUUGAUGUGUUCUCGCUAGUGGGUACACAAGAGUUCUUCUACGACCAAGUUCCAACGGAGUUAAGGAGCAUUGGUCUAGCGCUUUCUUUGAGUGCAAUGGGUCUUUCGAGCUUCUUGAGUGGUAUGCUUAUCACUGUGAUUGAUUGGGUUACCGGAAAAGAUGGUGGAGAUAGCUGGUUCAACACUAACUUGAACCGAGCCCAUGUCGAUUACUUUUACUGGUUGCUCGCUGCUUUCACCGCCGUUGGGUUCCUAGCGUUUUUGUUCUUCUCCAGGUUGUAUGUUUAUCGCCGGGUAGAUCAAGUCUAAGAAUGAGAAAAGUGUUGUAUGGAUAUACUGAUAUACAUAUUCAUUGUUCAUAAGGUGCAAAUGAUAUAUAUAAGACCAUGUAAAGACUAUACCACAAACAUGGAAAACUAUGUGCAUUACAAAUAACAUAUGCAUACUUGCAUAAACAUUUUA